GGGGGGUUGUUUUUGUUUUGUUUUCAUUCAUUUGGUGUUCAUCAUACCAUCAGCACACUCCAGCAGCUGGGAACAAUGUCUUUUUUGAUGAAAAAGAAGAAGUUCAAGUUUCAAGUGUAUUUCACAUUGGAGGAGCUUACAGCAGUGCCUUUUGUCAACGGGAUGCUUUUCUGCAAGAUCCGGCUGACUGAUGGUGGGGACUUUGCCAUCUUGUCAUCCAGGGAAGAGGUGCAGCAGAACUGUGUGCGAUGGAGGAAGAAGUUCUCUUUCGUGUGUAAGAUGAGCGCUAAUGCAAUCACUGGAGUGUUGGACCCUUGCAUCUGUAGGGUCUCUGUACGCAAGGAACUCAAAGGAGGAAAAGCGUUUUCCAAGCUAGGCUUUGCUGAUCUUAAUAUAGCAGAGUUCGCUGGUUCUGGCUCCACAGUUCGCUGCUGCAUCCUGGAGGGUUAUGACACCAAAAACACUCGGCAGGACAACUCUAUCCUCAAGGUAACAAUUGGGAUGACUCUUCUGUCUGGGGAUCCCUGCUUUAAAACGCCUCUCAGCACGGCCAAAUCUAUCUCCAUUGGUGACGAGGACCCUACCUUGCAGCUGGACUGUAAGGGGGAGAGCACUGAUGACAAAGUGCAGCCACUAGGGAGCAUCGUAGAGGGAUCUCGCACCUUUAAACCCAGACAGUCGUCAACACGUAGCUCAGGACUACCUGAGGAAGGAGAGAGUGUGUUCAACCCAGAUGAGGUCUUCCACACUGGUCAUGUCCGCAGCGCCAGCCAACACAGCAAGAUAUCAGGCUACAGCACAGGUCACUCUCGCUCCUCCAGCCUGACUGACCUCAGUCACCAUAGAAACGCCUCCUCCAGCAGCAGCGCAUCUUGUGGCUUGGCUCACCCAGGCCAGCCUCCUCCCUCCACCCCCACCAGACCAGAGCGACCUCCUCCCCCCUCUGCAGCAGCCCUCAUGUCCAACAGAUCCUCCAGGAGGAAAAAGGACAACGUGGAGAGGCAGCCCAGCUGUGUGGACGACACCCGCAUCGAUGCUGAUGACAUCGUGGAGAAGAUCGUUCAGAGCCAGAACUUUUCUGACAGCAGCAACAACGAAGACAGCAACUUGAGAUUGUUUGUCAGUAAAGAUGGGACCACAGCCCUCAGUGGGACACAGCUCGCCAACAGAGUGACACCUGGUGUUUUUGAAGCAGUGGUCAUUGAGACUCACUGAGACAUGCACCGUUUCAUCUCCAGCCUGGUCGACUGGUUCAUGAUUCUAUGACAUCUGAU